CACACACACACACACACGUGUGUAGGAAAACUGGGGUACUUCGCUGUGCUACUAAUGAACAAGCAGCUCGUGUCCUAUGGCGGAUGCAGAGCCCAUGCUGGUCCCUGCCCCUGGGGGGGAGAAAAGGGCCUGCCCUGCCUUGGAGGAUGAGGUGGCCCACAGCACCAAGAGCUCAGUCCAGAAGGAUGAGAACAACGGAGGAGGACACUCUCACAAGCCAGCCCAGGAUGAGGCAGAAGAGCCAGAGGGGGAGGAGACAGAGCCAUUGGAAGAGGAGGAUGGAGAAGGGGCCGGGUUAGGUUCUGGAGAGGCUUUUGCAGAGAUGAUGAAGCAUGGGCUCACAGAGCUGGAUGUGGGGAUUCUGAAAUUUGUCAGUGAACACAAGGGCUUCUCUGGGAUUCUCAAGGAGAGGUACUCUGACUUUGUGGUCCAUGAGGUCAACAAAGAAGGCAAGACAGUGCGGUUGGAUGAUCUCUCGGUUCCUGAGGAGGCUGAGGAAGCCAGUGUGGCAGAGCAGCCAGGGUCUGAGGUUUUCACAGAGGAGCAGAAACACGAACUUGAGCAGCUGCAGCUCUUCAAGAACAAAGAGGGCAACGUGUCCAUAGAGGUGGCGGAUGACACCAAAGAGAAACGGACCCUGGUCCACAAAGCUGUCAAGACCCUGUACCCUGGACUGGAGACCAAGACAGAGGAGCGGGAGGGAAAGAAGUUCAUYGUGGCCUACCACGCAGCCGGGCAGAAAGCACUCGCAGCCCCCAGGAAACACUCCUGGCCUAAGAGCCGUGGGGCCUUCUGCCACUUUGUCCUUUACAAAGAGAACAAGGACACCAUGGAGGCCAUCAACGUGCUGUCCAAGUUCCUCAGGAUGAGGCCUAAUGUGUUCUCCUACAUGGGGACCAAGGACAAGAGAGCCAUCACUGUGCAGGAGAUUGCAGUUCUCAAGGUCACAGUAGAAAGACUGUCUCACCUCAACAAGUGCCUCAAUAACUUCAAGCUGGGAAACUUCUGCUACAAGAAACACCCUCUGAAACUGGGGGAACUACAGGGAAAUCAUUUCACUGUGGUCAUCAGGAACAUCACCGGAACAGAUGACCAGGUCCAGCAGGCCAUGACCUCCCUCAGAGAGACGGGCUUUAUCAACUACUACGGCAUGCAGCGCUUUGGCACCACUGCCGUGCCCACACACCAGGUUGGCAAAGCCAUCCUGCAAGACAACUGGAAUGAAGUGAUAGAUCUGAUCCUGAAGCCUCGCCCUGGAGCGGAGAAAGGUUACCUGGUGAAGUGUCGUGAGGAGUGGGCCCAGUCCCAGGACCCAGAGGCAGCGCUUAAGAAGCUACCUGUGAAACGCUGUGUGGAGGGACAGCUGCUCCGAGGCCUCUCCAUGUACGGCAAGAAGAACAUCAUCACUGCAUUUUCCAUGAUCCCUCGUAACAACCGGCUGAUGUACAUCCACAGCUACCAGAGCUUUAUGUGGAACACCAUGGUCAGCAGACGCAUUGAGGCCUUCGGGCUGAAGGCUGUGGAGGGAGACCUCGUGCUCAGAGGAGGCACUGCGUUCGUGCUGUCUGCAGCUGAGGCAGAGACCCACUCUAUUCAGGACGUGGUGAUGCCCCUACCAGGGUUUGAUGUCAUCUACCCCACUCACCACGUGGGUAAGGCCUACAGGGAGAUGCUGAGUGCAGAUAACCUGGACAUUGACAACAUGAGACACAGGGUGAGGGACUACUCUCUGGCCGGGGCCUACCGACGCAUCCUCAUCAAACCCAGUGACGUCAGCUGGGAGGUGAUUAACUAUGAUGACCCUCGUAUCUCUCUGGUUCACACUGAUUUGGAKAAACUAGAGGACCAACCUCCUCCUGUCUUCAACAWAGAGGGGAAGUACAGGGCUUUGAGGAUGGAGUUCUCUCUGCCUCCCUCCACCUACGCCACCAUGGCCAUCAGAGAGGUGCUCAAGAUGGACACCAGCAUCAAGAACCAGACCCAGCUGAACACCACCUGGCUCAACUAACACAACACGGAACACAAUUUAACUGAGCUGUAUCCAGCGAUGUGGAACGUUGCACAUAGACAUUUUAUGAAUAGUGCUGACACCAUUCCCCUAUUCGAUAUGACGAUCAUAUCUGGUCUACACGAUACAUUUCUAUCUGAACUUUCUGUAUUGUUACUUUCUCCUCAAUAGGCCCUUGAACUGGAUAUAGGCCUAGACUACAGGGCUGUGUUUACAGGCUGCAGAGCAGUCCACACUGUAUGUGCGAGUAUCUGUAGACUGUGGGAGUGUGUUUGGUACUUUGCCAAGCCAAAAGUCAUUCCUCAAGGUGUGUCAUAGUGAUGAUGGAAAUCAUCAGAGCCACCCACACAACCAAGAGCAACAUCUGUUAUUUAAUUUUUUUAUCAGGAGGUUUUAAAGCGUUCCUGCACUGGUGGAGUUGAGAGAUAUGAUUUUGAAAUGAGUGACGUGCUGCCUAAGCACUUACAGGCGACGUCUAGGAGUUUCUCAGUAACCCAUGGGGGUGUUCUGAGGUAGGGCUGGGACGAUAAACCUAAAAUGAUCGAUACGGCCACUUUUGCAUGCAGCAUUUUGUUGAUACCAUUCACUACCAUAAUAGUAGCCUAUACUAGAGAAAUUAAAUGUGCUAAUAUGGGUAAUGGCUACAACAAACUAGUAGUAAUACAAAACAGUGGUGCACAUUACUGUUCUAAUCGUAGUGUUCUAUGUAUUGUUAUCGUAUCAAUUCAGGCAAUCUAUUGCAAUAUCUAUUCUCUGGAACUCUGGUAGAAAGAUUUCCUCUUUAAGGGACACCACCUCGACUCUGUCACUCACUUCCCCAAAGACGAAUAAAUAAACUUGACGCCCCUGCUACUUCCCACAAUACUACAAUGAACUGUCCCUGAUUGUACAGAAUUGUCGUUUGCUUUUUUUAACUAAUAUGUUUAUUUAUUUAUUUUUAGAAACGAGCUCUCUCUUUUUUACAGAGCGAUAAUUACAAUGUUGAGUGAAGACUGUUGGAGAAGGUUUGUUUCAUCAGACAUUUGAGAUACAGCAUUCUGUUCCAGCCUGUGCCACUUUCAGAGUAUCAUGUUGCCUAUAGUAACUAUUCAGCCCAGAAGAUCAGUCCUAUGAAUUACAGUUCCAUCGUUAAACAGUGGGAGCAUCUACUGUCAUAAAACUAAUGUUGCUUGACURAAACACUUUUAUUCAAUAGA